CUCUUUGGCCUCUUUUCUCUUGUCCUGUUGUUUCCUGGAGGACUGUCCAUGCUGAGCCAAGGACCUGCAGAGCUGUUUCUAACUGCCGCUUUCUAGAUUCCAGGUGACGUCUGUCGGACCUCGAGAAGUUUCAGAAUCAGAAAUACUUUAUUGAUCCCCGAGGGGAAAUUCUUUUGUUUUAAAGAUGCCGCUGUCACGUUCCCUGUCUAUGACUUCCCUGAGCGGGCUGUUGCUGGCCUGGGAGGAGGACGAGCUGCCAGUGGAGGACCUGCUGCUCUUUGAGGUGGCCUGGGAAGUCACCAACAAAGUUGGAGGAAUCUACACAGUGAUUCAGACCAAAUCCAAGAUCACAGUAGAUGAAUGGGGGGAGAACUACUAUAUGAUGGGGCCCUACUUCGAACACAACUUUAAGACCCAGGUGGAGGCUGCGAGCCGCCAAUCCUGUCAGGAUGGCCAUGGAUGCUCUCAUCCACAACGGCUGCCAG